GGGGCUGCCGCUGUUGUGCGCUUGCGUGAGCCGGGCUGCCCCAGGCCGCCGUCCGAUGCGGUGAGCCGAGCUAGCGGUAGCCGCGGCUCCCGGUGUGAAGAGCAGCGCGCGCCCGCCCCCCUUGGUCCGCUGCGCCGGGGGGGGCUCGUGCGCCCCCUCCGCCCCCAGCUGCGCCACUGGCAUCCCGGGGGCUACGGGGCGGCAAAUGGUUGGGCCGGACGAUGCCGGAGCUCAGGGCAGCGCAGCCUUGUUUCCCGCGGGCCGGCAAGAUGAGGCGGCGGCGGCGGAGGAGGAGGAGGCGGAGGAGGAGGACGGGGAGCGGGAUGGAAGCCGGAGCCUGAGCGGGGGCUCGGGGCAGGAGGAGCUGCUGCUGCAGCGGUACCUGGCCGGGAAGGUCGGCCCCACCGCGCCUGCGGGGCUGGGCUGCAAGUGCUGCCCGGAGAGACCCCCCAACGGCGCCGCCUGUGUCCUGGGCCCCCACGGGAGAAUGACCAAUGGGGACGCCGGCUUCCUGCUGCAGCCGGAGGAGCCGCCUGCUUGGGCCGUGCGGACCGAGCCGGGGCCCCAGGAGGAGGAAAUGAGACUGCCCAAUGGGGGCUUCCCUCACUUCCUCCCCGAUCCCCAGCCGGAGCCGGGGGACGGCGCGGGCCGGGCCAGCCCGCCGGCGGGGGCCGCCCUCGAAGAGCCUCUGAGAAGUUGUUGCUUGGGGCCCGAUCCGGAGGGUGGCGCGGCGGUCGGUAGCCCCCCGCCGCCCCGCAGCGGAGCUGGGACUGAAAGCCCGUCAGAAGCCGCCGCCGGCGUUCGGACUCCCCGGGACUGCAGCGACGGGGCUGCUGCGGCGGGAACCCUUUGCCCGGCGCCUCUGGGCUUCAUAGACAUUAACCUGAAUUCCCGCAACACCUACGAAGUGAACCGGCGCCGAAGCGCCCCGGAGCACCUGCCGCAUGGGGGGACACCGGCCACCGCCCCGGCCCCUCCCCAGGAGCCGACGGACAAAACCAGGAGAAUCGCUAUCCCUGGCAGCAGCAGCGGCAUCGCCGACUUCAUUACAAGAAACUUUUUCACCAAAAGGACAAAGGAACUCAAACCUGGUCUCCACAGUGCUCCUGGCUGGAAGUUAUUUGGAAAAGUCCCUCCUAGAGAAAACUUUCAAAAAGAUUCCAAAAUAAUUCAGCAGGAUGACAGUUCUGGCAGUGUUACAUCAGUAUCUACUCUCAAUCUGUUAAACACAGGGGAAUAUGAAGCACGAACAGGAAGAACAUGUAAACCUGCACCCCAGGCAACAAGACGUAAAACUUUUGAAUUUGAACCACUUUCAACUACUGCUCUUAUUUUGGAGGAUCGACCAUCAAAUCUUCCUGCCAAAUCCAUAGAGGAGGCUUUACGUCACAGACAAGAAUAUGAUGAAAUGGUGGCAGAGGCAAAAAAACGAGAAAUUAAAGAAGCACAUAAAAGGAAAAGAAUAAUGAAAGAACGAUUCAAGCAAGAGGAGAAUAUUGCUAGUGCUAUGGUGAUUUGGAUCAAUGAAAUAUUACCUAACUGGGAAGGCAUGCGUACUACCCGAAGAGUUCGAGAAUUGUGGUGGCAGGGGUUACCCCCAAGUGUUCGUGGGAAGGUCUGGAGUCUAGCUAUAGGAAAUGAAUUAAAUAUUACUCAUGAGCUCUAUGAAAUCUUCUUAUCCAGAGCCAAGGAACGAUGGAAAAGCUUCAGUGAGACAAAUUCAGAGAAUGAUAUAGAAGAUGCAGGUGUGUCUGUUGCUGACCGUGAGGCCAGCCUGGAACUAAUUAAGCUGGAUAUAUCACGCACAUUUCCGUCCUUCUAUAUUUUUCAGAAGGGAGGUCCAUAUCAUGAUCUCUUGCAUAGUGUCUUAGGAGCAUAUACGUGUUACAGACCUGAUGUGGGAUAUGUUCAAGGGAUGUCCUUCAUUGCCGCAGUACUCAUUCUCAAUCUGGAAGAGGCAGAUGCUUUCAUUGCCUUUGCAAACCUCCUAAACAAGCCAUGCCAGCUGGCCUUUUUUCGUGUGGAUCACAGCAUGAUGCUGAAAUAUUUUGCAGCAUUUGAAGUAUUCUUUGAAGAAAAUCUCCCAAAACUAUUUCUUCACUUCAAAUCAUAUAGUCUUACUCCAGACAUAUACUUGAUAGACUGGAUCUUCACUCUCUACAGCAAGUCACUACCACUUGAUCUGGCCUGUCGAGUCUGGGAUGUCUUUUGUAGAGAUGGAGAAGAGUUUUUGUUUAGAACAGGAUUAGGAAUCCUUCGAUUAUAUGAAGAUAUUCUCCUACAGAUGGACUUCAUUCAUAUAGCACAGUUUCUAACAAAACUGCCCGAAGACAUCACAUCAGAAAAGCUUUUUAGUUGCAUUGCAGCUAUUCAGAUGCAGAAUAGUAACAAAAAAUGGGCCCAGGUGUUUGCCUCACUAAUGAAGGACAACAAAGAAGGUGACAAGAACCAUAGCCCAGCACUGAAAAGCUAAUCUCCAUAAUGUAAAGGUCUAUUGACAUUGUAGAAAACCACUUGAUUAAAAAGGAAUUAUUACAUCAUUUUACAUGAAAACCACUAUAGAGGAAAGCUUAAGAAACAUA